ACAUGAUCAUCAUCAUCGUAAUUCACACACCACGCUUCUUCACAUUCAUACUUAACGUUGUUGUUGUUGUUGUUGUUGUUGUUCUUGAAACGAAGACCGCACUUUAUCUUCUUGUUCUGGUUACUCUCUCCUUCCUCCUCGCCGGACCGUACAAUCACCUUCAUUCUUUCUUCUCUCUCAAUUUUUUAGUACCAAGUAUUCCAGGGUUUCUGCGAGCAAUUCAGGAAUCAUGUCUAGGGUUUUGGCUCAGUCAAUUACUAUCCCUGGCUUAGUGUGUGGGCGAAGUCAUGGUCAUAAUAACAGGUCCACAAUGUCGAGAAGAUCUCUAAAAAUGAUGUCUACCUUACAAGCACCUGCGUUAAGAAUGUCAGGAUUCUCAGGACUGCGUACUUAUAAUAAUUUGGAUACAAUGUUGAGACCUGGACUAGAUUUUCGUUCUAAGGUGUUUGGUGUAACUACCUCCCGAAAGGCAAGGGCUAGCAGAUGCAUACCUAAAGCCAUGUUUGAGCGUUUCACGGAGAAAGCAAUCAAGGUUAUUAUGCUUUCCCAGGAGGAGGCGAGACGGCUGGGUCAUAAUUUUGUUGGAACAGAACAGAUCCUGUUGGGUCUUGUUGGUGAAGGCACUGGUAUUGCUGCUAGGGUUUUGAAGGCUAUGGGGAUUAGCCUUAAAGAUGCACGCGUGGAAGUGGAAAAGACCAUUGGAAGGGGUAGUGGAUUUGUUGCUGUUGAGAUUCCAUUUACUCCUCGUGCAAAGCGUGUUUUGGAACUCUCACUGGAGGAGGCUCGUCAGCUUGGUCACAACUAUAUUGGGUCUGAGCACUUGCUUUUGGGUCUUCUUCGAGAGGGUGAGGGUGUAGCAGCACGUGUUCUUCAAGACCUGGGUGCUGAUCCUAACAAUAUUCGCGCUCAGGUUAUUCGCAUGGUUGGUGAGAGUAACAAUGAAACGGCUGGGGUUGCUGUUGGCCGCGGAGGUAGUAGCAAUAAGAUGCCAACUUUGGAGGAGUAUGGAACCAAUUUGACCAAGCUAGCAAAUGAGGGAAAAUUGGACCCUGUUGUGGGUAGGCAGCAACAAAUUGAACGUGUCAUUCAAAUUUUGGGUCGUCGUACCAAAAAUAAUCCUUGUCUUGUCGGCGAGCCUGGUGUUGGAAAGACAGCUAUUGCCGAAGGUCUUGCUCAACGGAUUGCAACUGGUGAUGUCCCUGAAACCAUAGAGGGAAAGGAGGUAAUAACCCUUGAUAUGGGUCUACUUGUUGCUGGAACUAAAUAUCGUGGAGAAUUUGAGGAGAGAUUGAAGAAGCUAAUGGAGGAAAUCAAACAAAACGAUAAUAUAAUACUUUUCAUUGAUGAAGUUCACACACUAAUUGGAGCUGGAGCAGCUGAAGGGGCGAUUGAUGCUGCAAACAUAUUAAAACCCGCUCUUGCCAGAGGGGAACUACAGUGUAUAGGAGCCACAACACUGGAUGAAUACAGGAAGCACAUUGAAAAAGAUCCAGCUUUGGAAAGGCGAUUCCAGCCAGUUAGAGUGCCGGAGCCAACCGUGGAUGAAUCCAUACAAAUACUGAGAGGACUUAGAGAACGCUAUGAGAGGCACCACAAGCUCAGUUAUACAGAUGAUGCUCUUGUAGCUGCUUCACAGCUGUCACAUCAAUAUAUCAGUGAUCGGUUUUUGCCUGACAAAGCUAUCGAUUUGAUUGAUGAAGCUGGUUCCCGAGUCCGUCUUCGACAUGCACAGUUACCUGAAGAAGCAAGAGAGCUUGACAAGGAGGUCAGGCAGAUUGUGAAGGAGAAAGAUGAAGCUGUUCGCAACCAAGACUUUGAAAAGGCUGGAGAGCUGCGAGACAGAGAAAUGGAUCUUAAGACACAGAUCUCAGCACUUAUAGAAAAAGGCAAGGAGAUGAGUAAGGCAGAGAGUGAGGCCGAUGGUGCAGGUCCAGUUGUGACUGAAGUUGACAUACAACAUAUUGUGGCCUCCUGGACUGGUGUUCCUGUUGACAAAGUAUCGUCAGAUGAAUCUGAUCGCCUUCUCAAGAUGGAAGAGACAUUACACAAGCGAGUUAUUGGUCAGGAUGAAGCAGUAAAAGCCAUUUGCAGGGCUAUCCGUCGAGCCCGGGUUGGACUGAAGAACCCUAAUCGUCCAAUUGCAAGCUUUAUCUUUUCUGGGCCAACUGGUGUGGGGAAGUCCGAGUUGGCCAAAACACUGGCUUCAUACUACUUUGGUUCUGAAGAGGCCAUGAUUCGGCUUGACAUGAGUGAAUUUAUGGAAAGGCACACAGUGUCCAAGCUCAUCGGUUCACCUCCUGGAUAUGUUGGUUACACUGAGGGUGGUCAACUGACUGAAGCAGUCCGACGCCGUCCCUACACUGUUGUACUCUUUGAUGAGAUUGAGAAAGCCCAUCCUGAUGUAUUCAACAUGAUGCUUCAGAUCCUGGAAGAUGGAAGGCUAACAGACAGUAAGGGGAGAACUGUGGACUUCAAGAACACCCUUCUUAUAAUGACAUCGAACGUUGGAAGCAGCGUGAUUGAGAAAGGAGGACGUAAAAUAGGAUUUGACCUUGAUUAUGAUGAGAAGGACAGCUCUUAUAAUCGAAUCAAGAGCUUGGUGACUGAGGAGCUAAAGCAGUACUUUAGGCCUGAGUUUUUGAAUAGGUUGGACGAAAUGAUUGUUUUCAGGCAACUCACAAAGCUGGAGGUGAAGGAGAUAGCUGAUAUAAUGCUGAAGGAGGUAUUUGACAGACUGAAAACCAAAGAAAUUGAUCUUUCAGUGACAGAGAGAUUUAGGGAUAGAGUGGUUGAAGAAGGUUAUGAUCCUAGUUAUGGGGCAAGGCCUCUAAGACGAGCCAUAAUGCGGCUCUUGGAGGACAGCAUGGCAGAGAAGAUGCUUGCUGGAGAGAUUAAAGAGGGUGACUCUGUUAUAAUUGAUGCUGAUUCUGAUGGUAAGGUGAUUGUGCUCAAUGGUAGUAGUGGUGCACCAGAAUCACUGCCAGAGGCUCUUCCUGUGUAACAUGGUGGCCUUGCUAACUUGUUUCUAGUUUUUUAAAUUUAUACACUCAUCUGUUUUAGCUGUCAACUUUUUUAAUUGAACUGGUCAGGUUUGCCCAAUGUAGCCAACAUAGCAAGCCAAUCGGUUGGAAUGAAUGAUACACAAGGCUUUGUUUGCCAUACCUUGGAUAGGUAGCAUCAAUGAACAAUUUUAAUGAAAGCACAUUAAAAAAAUUUCACUGCCCUAGCCUUAAGGUCUUUUGUUAAUGUAUAAUCGCAAAUUGUUGGAUGAUAAUAUGAUAUUGAUAGGUUCUCACUAGAUUAAA